AUGUCUGAAAAGAAUUUGAAGAAUCUUAAAUCAUGUAACAGUAAAAGAACUUUGAUAACUCGAACAAAGAGUAAGCACGGCAGGCCGUGCGAUGGGUGUGCUUUGAGAAAAGUCCGGUGUGAUUCUAAUGUACCUUGUUCACGAUGUUUGGACCAUAACUUGCCCUGCACUAAUAUUAGAACUAUAAAAAAGUGUGGGCCCAAAACUAUUCAUGACAAGACGCGAAGAUGUAUUGAACAGCUUACUGUAAGCUCCGUGCCUGAAUCGGGAGUAGAUUACAUUUUAUUUCCUGCGAUACCAAUAGCUAAGGUGUCCCAAAUGCUACAAAUUUUUCACACAUGGUUUUACAGCGUAUGGCCCGUCCUAUCAUCUUCCCUUUUAAUUUCAAAGAUGGGUCAGAUGGUGAAUGAAAAUUCAGAGGUUACUAUUAAUGCCCAAAAUGCGACUGAGUGGGCAUUGGCAUGUUCUGUUGCAGCAGCUAUUUACGAACAACUAGAGUUUCUUUCCAAAAAGCCCGUCGGAAUUACAAUUCCACUGCAUGUGACAUCGGCUGCUUUUGCAAGAGAAUCUAUUAGAAUCCGUCAAGUCUUCGAUUGUACAUCAAGUCCUUCUAUUGACACUCUUUUGUGUUCCUUCUUUUUAUUCUGUUACUAUGGAAACUUCAAGACAGGAAAAAAUAAAUCAAUUUUAUUCUUGAGAGAAGCAAUUUCGACGGCCCAGUUGCUUGGGUUACAUGAACCAAAGACUUUUAUGAAAAAAACGAGGGCCGAGAGACACCGGAUGAGUAAAGUUUUUUAUAUUUUACUAGUUACGGAAAGAUUUACAUGCAUUGAAAGCGGGAUUCCUAUAUUGCUUGAAGCUAACAUACCGCUUCCAAACCUUGAAUGUGAAGAGUAUCCAGAAGCGGCUGCAGACUUUCUGGAACUUGCCAAAAUUUUUUCCAUACCGAAUAAAAGCUUUUUUGAGAAACUCGUUGAACGAAGCAGCUUCAUCUUUACCGAUCAGUCAAAUUCUGCAGACUUGGGACUUUUGUAUCCACCUUCAUCAAAUUAUAUCAUUGAUAUUCAGAAUAGUUUAUCGAAUAUUUCAAUUUUUCCUUUAACUCCAGCAUUACAGAAAUUAAAUAUCAUACUUUCAAAAUACUGGAUGCAAUGUUUGGUUUGGUAUGUUUCUCAGGAAAAUGAUCUUUUAGUUGACGAUCCACAGGAAAGCUAUUGUUUAAGUUUGCGAUUCCCUCUUCAUCUAAUGGAAUCCUUUUUAAAUGCAUCAGAUGACUUGGAUGUUGUCGCGUUUGAGUCAAAUGGGCCUGGGAUUGGCUUGAAACUACUGGUGUUACUUAGUGGCUCUACAAUCGCAUAUGAAUCCCUUCUGUCCCAAUUAAAAUGUAGCCGUUACGGCUUAAUGACACGUAUUUACAACUUCAUGUUACUUUUCAAGGCAAAAAUGUCUUUUCCAAAAGAUCUCGUUCGGAAAAUGGAGACCAUAGUAUUGAGUAGGUCCUUAGAUGAAAAUAAUGAAUUAAUAGAGGAAGUGAACUCAGAUGUAUUUUGGAAUUAUUCGUGUCUUGAGACGCAGGGUAUGAAGUACAGAGAUGAAUGCAACGGCAAUAACGAUAUAAAUUCUUUCAAUGAUCUUUUCUGCGAUUGA